GCGCGGCCACUUCCGGGUGAGGCGGAGACCCGUGAGUGUCAGUGACAACAGGAUGGCUCCCUGGCUGGGGCUGCUGUUCAUCUGGUUGCACCCGGCAGCCGCAACAAAGAUGAAGAUUGUGGAAGAACCAAACACUUUCGGGUUGAACAACCCAUUUUUAUCCCAGACAAACAAAUUGCAGCCCCGAGUGGAGCCGUCGGCGGUUUCAGGUCCCUCACAUCUAUUCCGUUUGGCUGGAAGGUGUUUCAAUUUUGUAGAAUCAUCAUACAAAUAUGAAUUCUGCCCUUUUCACAAUAUCACCCAACAUGAGCAGUCUUUCCGUUGGAACGCAUACAGCGGAAUCUUGGGGAUAUGGCAUGAGUGGGAAAUUGAGAACAAUACAUUCAGCGGCAUGUGGAUGAGAGAAGGCGAUUCCUGUGGAAAUAAGAACAGACAAACCAAGGUUAACCUAGUUUGUGGAAGAAGCAACAAGUUAGCCAAAGUGUCGGAACCGAGUACUUGCAUCUAUUCUGCGACGUUCGAGACUCCGCUUGUCUGCCACCCGCACUCGCUGUUAGUGUAUCCGACGCUCGCGGAGUCUUUGCAGUUAAAAUGGGAUGAAGUUGAACAGUUGUUAUAUGAUGAACUAAUUACCCAGCAGGGCUACAAGAAACUACUGAGGGGGAUCUUUCAGGAAGCUGGCUACUUGAAAUCCUCAAACGACGAGAAGAAAGAAGAAAAAGAAAAGGAAACAGAGUCCAAGGGCUUCGACUUGCUGGAGAAGUGUAAUGUGGCCCAUAGUGAUUUGACCAAAGAAGUAAAAAGGCUGCAAGAAAUUUUGGACAAACACAACAUUUCAUAUGAAACAAAUGCUUCCAGCAGACAAGAGGCCAAUCCAGUUGGAAUAAUCACACUUGCUAUAAAGGUUGAAGAUAAGGACCAUCUUCGCGGUGACACUGGAGACAGAGAUGACCCUUAAGGAAUCUGCUGGUUCCAACAUCUGCAGUCGCCGAGAUGCUGUUCUUUUUCAUAAUACUUUCCUGGAGCAACAACUCAUUGAAGUAUUCUGGCUGUUUUUGUACGGCGACUUUUGUCUGGCUUACAUUUAGUAAAAAGAAGGACUUUGAUGAAAUGGGGGACAUUUAUGCUUCUGGAAGAGUAGAGUUUCAGGCAUUCCGUGUGCAGAAUGCAUCAAUGUUCUGUAUCUGUGCAAUACAAGUUUAUGUCCAAUUAAA